AAACAGACGCAAUGCGAAGGAGAUUACUUAGAGAUCAGAGAUGGAGACAGCGAAGCAUCUCCAUUGCGAGCAAAGUUUUGUGGGAGAUCCGGAGCAGGUCAGAGCGUCAGUUCAUCCGGAACACAAAUGCUGUUACGUUUUGUUUCUGACAACGUCACUGACAGUUUCAACUCACGAGGGUUUAAUCUAAGGCAUUCUGGUAAGUAAACAAUCAAAAACUAAGUAAUGUUACAUUACCAAAAUCAUGAAGAAAAUGUAUUGAAAUCAUCUGACGGAAGACGUUUAGAUUUAUACAAGAGACGUUAGACACAAACCACUCGGCCAGCUAAGAACUUUUUAAAAAGACCUGUUGUUAGUUAUGCGGAUAUCGUCUUGCUCAGAUUCCGUUUUGUACGUGUUAGACUGGGUGGGCGUUCAUAAGGUGACCGAAUGGGCAGGCGGAAAGAAACAUACUUUGAAAUAAAGUAGCUAGGAGUUAACACAAGCAAGGUCUUGAUCAUUACAGUCAGCUACAGAGGGCACCCUCUGACAGUUUCGCCACAUUGGUAUCCCUGUGUGCCUACGCCAGGUUGAAUACCAUUUUUUUCUUAGUUAUGGGGCUUCUUUGGUGUGUUUGCAGCUGAGAAGAUAACAACAGCAACAAAAAUACAGUCGAACCUCGCUAUUUCGAACUCGGUUAAUUCGAAGUCCCCGCUAUUUCGAAGGAAGAUCGAAUGCCCUUGGAUUUACCCUUCCCUUUAACGAAAAACUUUUUCUCACUUGGGGAAAUAGCGGGGUUCGACUGUACUGACAAGAUACACUUAUAUGUACAUGUGUAAUCUUGUUCUCAAAACUCCCACUGCCAACACAGAGUGAGAUCUGGGUACGAGAUUAGUAUAAUUUUAUCCUUGUUUGGAAUUUAAUUACCCUUUGUCAGUUUGGGUAUGUUAAUUCAAGAUAAGGGGCGCUUUCCAUCCAGCUCAAAUUCCGAAAAUUUAGGUUAGAAAUCAAACGGCACGGACCAUUUCAGUUCGGUCAGACCGUAAUAUUUGGGACCAGCUUUGAAGGUGGUCCCUUGACGGGUCUGGUCAUUUCGGUCGGUCGGACCGAAACGUUCUUCUCCAUUUGACAAAAUUGAUGUCCCCAGAACCGCUCUUUUGAAUCCUGCUUACGAAAACAAUAACCAAACGUGUGGUGGUUUGGGUGGGGUGUGUGCAACCUGAAUGUACUGUGCCAUUGGGCACAUAGAAUUUCCGAAAUUCAAACCGGAAUUUUUGUUGAAUGGAAAGCGCCUAAGGACUUUGAAGCAUAUGGACAAUAUUGAACCAGAACAUAUAUGCUACAUGUUCAUUCGCCUUUUGAAUGUACAGGUGUUUGCAAAGUCCAGACAAAUGCAACAAGUGGGGUCAUAACUACUCCUCAGUACCCUGACAACUACCUAAACUAUAUGGACUGCCUUUGGACAAUUAAACUCCACCCAUCAAUGCUUAUCGCUCUCGAAUGUCACGACAUUGCUUUGGAAUAUGAAGAAGACUGUAGAUUUGAUUACAUGGAGAUACUCGCGGGUGUGUCGCUUGAUGAUGCUCCUGUUCUUGGUCGAUUUUGUGGUAUCUACAACCAUUCUCUAAAAUUUGAGAGGGACGGAAAUAUGAGCAUACGGUUUGUAUCGGACGCGGAUAAAGAGUCGAGUGGAUUUCGUUGUGCAUACAACGUCGAUAAAGGUUAGCGCAACACUAGUAGUUUAGCUGUAGUUAAAAAGUCGUAAUUUAAGCAAAACAAAAAAAAAAAUGUAACGUAAAAGACCCCAUCGGAAUCUUGUAAAUAAGUGAUACAGUCACCUCUUUCUAGAAGGGGUUGAGACCGGCAUUUAGUGUUCCGCCGUCUUAGGGAGCUGCUCGUCAAAGGAAAUGACUAAAGAGCUGCAAGCAUCUACCAGUGGCGGAGCCAGGGGAGGGGCCCGAACGGCCGAAAAAUUUUUUUUGAGAUCGCCCCCCCCAUCUCAGGAUCUGGAUGACCGCCUUUCCCCCCUCCCCUUAUCUGAAAGUCUGCAUCCUCCACUGCGGGGCUACAAUAGGUGUUGGUUUUAGGGAGGUGUCGGUGAGAAGAGAGUUGGUCGUAUAAUAAGAAGAUAACGAGUAUCCUUAUUUAGCACAAAUAAUUAGGAGAUCAGUGGUGACUCAUUUUCACAUGGAUUAGCAUCACAUGCACCUGCACAGGGUUUUACGGAUUACAAUGAAAGUGUUGUCAAGAACGGAAGAAAGAAAGAAAGCGCAACACUCUGGCCGGAUCAUUAGCACACAAGAUAACCUGAUGAUGAACUCUUAUGUUGCCAGCACCUGCACUAAUAUUCUCAGAUCAACCACUCACGACUAACAGGUGAUGUGAAACGCACCUCAAAAUACACGUUAAAGAGCCAAGUCUUUGUGUUUAGUGCUGGAGUGUGUUCUUAUGAGCAGUGGCUUCGUUUAUCGUUAGUCAGAGGAGACUGGACCGAGUGGACCACCUGGACAGAAUGUUCCCAGACGUGUCACCAUGGAAACCAGACUAGGUACAGGACAUGCUUGAAUCCUCUACCAGAGAGUGGACUGGAACUGGUUUGUGGUCAUGUGGCAGACAGUGAGACGAGAAGCUGUUUAAUCUCGAACUGCAGUAAGUGACUUUCAGUUUCUCAUAGUCAAUUAAUUAUUGAAUUCUGUUCAGACCAUCCGCUUUGAGGAAAGCAGACAAUAGAUCCUUUUCACUCAAGUGGUCAGCAGCUUUGCAAAUUGUUUUGAAUAAAAGAAAGUUUUAACAUGUAAAAAGAUUUCAGUUUCCACAGGAUUUUUUUUGUACACAAACAUGGCCGCCGAUUCAUUGUUUUGUACACAAAUAUGGCCGCCGUGAUGUCAUGUGAAAAUGAUCUAUAAAGUUAAAAGGCGUAUUGGGCCUGAAAUUGGCUGAUAUAGCGAGAGCGGAAAACAUGUCAAUUAUAAUAAAGAGAACGGCAAAGAGAAAAGGAGACUUGAGUUUUCCCGGGCCUUCUGAGAGAAAUUCCCCUAAGAAGGACGGCUUGGAGAAAUUUUAGUUGCUUCAGUUAUUCGCUGUUUUUUUUCCCCUGUUGUUCAUAGUUGAUUUGUAUAAUUUAAAUUAGUAGGAUUUGAAAGUGGUCUUUAUUCUAAAAGUUUUCACGCUAAAUACAUGACCUUUUAUAUAACAUGGUGACCUUUUCGAACGAAACCGAUAUCUUUACCUAACCUCGUUUAUUACAUGGACGCUUGUUCCACUCUACAAACACAAAAGUAACUUCAAAAUAAAAUCACAACAUAACAGAAAGGAUGAAAAUGAGCAAUAGUCCACAUAGAAUCCCUUGCAGCAAUCCUAAUCAUGUUUGUGAAAUUCAACACACAGUGAUAUGGGCAACUCCGCGUUUUGGGCAUCCCCAUCCCCAAAACUCUAGUGAUAUGGGUAUCCCCUGUAACCCUAACACUAACCCAAAUCGCUAAGGUAAUAUGAGAAGGGGAUGCCCAUAUCACUAGGGUUCAGGGAAUGGGGAUGCCCAAAACGUGGGGAUGCCCAUGUCACUGUAACACCCCAUUUCAGAAAAAACUUACGGGAGAACGGGUACAAGCUUUAGGUGAAGUGAUUAAUGGUUCGUUUGAGUGGACAAGCGUUAGUUAUGAUUGGUCGAUGGUAUUCAAUGCAACCAUUAACCAAUCAGAAGUAACGCUUCUCCACCCGCAAGAUCCCAGAAAUCGUUGCGCCCAUAGCUUGUACCCCUUUCCUUUCUAGUUGUUGGAGUGGGUCCUUGGCUUCAAAGUUAGCUCUAAAACUUCAUUUCCGUUGCAGUACCAGUUGACGGUGGCUACAGCAGCUGGUCCAACUGGUCUGCGUGUAACGUGUCCUGUGGAACUGGGUUCAGGAACAGAUCUCGCAGCUGCACCAACCCACCUCCUGCUUUUACUGGCAAGAACUGUUCAGAAAUUGGCGUUCCAUGGGAGACAACGGAAUGCGUGCUAACCCCUUGUCCAGGUAAAUCAAUUUGUUCUUUUCACUGAAAUGGGGACUUUUAGUCUGCUUUAGUAAGGGUAUGAACGGUUUCCAGUUAACAGGAUAAAGGUCAAGUCCCACAAAUGAGUCUAUUCUCAAAGAAAUACCAGGCAUUUAAUCUCUACGCAAAAAAAUAUUUAUGUUCUCCUAUCCACUGAAAUGUGACGGCUGCAUCUUAUUUUCCAAUUGGUGCUCUUUGAAAUGAUAUUAAGUAGCAGUGUGGUAAUAAUCAACUGUUAUUUUUAUUCAAAAGGUUCGGCGAGCGUGGCGUCAAUUUCAAGCCCAACCAGUCACUUUGCACCAUCCACUUAUGUCAUGAUGCUACAGUCCUUUUUAACAGUAAGGUCGAGCAACGACUCUCCAGUCCACCAGUUAGCUACAACUUCGUCAAGUUAUUCCAGCGUAGCUUUCUCUCCUAGCAAUUCUGGUGCUACACCCUUUCUCGGAGACUCGGAUGCCACGCCCUAUUUUAAAUUCUCUCUUUCCACUCCCUUGACAAGGCCAUCAAGCACGCUAUCUUCCCAAAGAAACAUUUUGUCCACAAGUUCAACAAAGAACUUGCAAAGCAGAGUGACUUCGGGUGUUCAAGGGGUACAUGUGACUACUUCACAUUCCACACUGGAUGAACUACAUACGUCAAACAAAUCCAUUCUGAAUGAUAGACCAAUUAUCUCUGCUAACUUUUCAAGCCAUAACAUUUAUUCAACCGACGAAAUUUGGAAAAUAGCUACCAGCUAUUAUUCGUACUCUUCAAAACCUUGGCGUCUAUCGACAAAGCCCUUAACACUAAAAAGCAAGUUAUUCGGAGAUUCUAUCUCUUCAGUUGGACAAACCGGGCAACAAAAUGAGGAAAUUUCAAGUGCUUCUUUUCUCUCUCGAACAAAAUUUAAAAGCUUCAAUUCUCAGACAGAUUCAACUGCUUCUAUCUCAAAAAUAUCUCCCAGCUAUCCAUCAAAUUCUUCAAUAACCUGGCAUGUGUUUACAGAACCAUUGACAUCAAAGAGCAAUUUACUUAAAGAUUCUAUCUCGACAGUUGCACUAACAAGGUAUCAUAUUAUAGGGGUUUCAAGCACUAGCAUACACGCUGCUUUCUUACACUCAGUUACAAUACUUAAAAACGUAAAUUCUCAAUUAGAUUCGACGUAUUAUGCAUCAUCCCGCCACCUAUUAAAUUCCUACACACCUUCGAAAGCGUUCGCAAAACAAACUGGACAACCGAUUGUGGCAAUUUCAACCACGAUCUCUCGAACAUUUUCGGCAAGCUAUACUUCCAUCUACCUGUCAAAUUCGUCCUCAUCUUGGCAAGUGUUACCGGAACCCUUUACACCAGAUAGCAAGUUACUAAGAGAUUCUUCUCCUACAACUGCACAAAAGCGACAAAGCGUUGUAGAAAUUUCUAGCGUUGGUUUAAAUGCUGUUUCCUUAGUCCUUCGAACAGUUACUGAAACUUACAGUUCUAAAAAAGAUUCGCAUACCAUAAGCACUGGAAUAUCUUCCAGCUAUCUUUCGCUUUUUUUAAAACCUUUACAAAACAAAACAACUGAGGAUUCUCAGGCAAUACACAUAAGUACGCUUUCUACGCUAGACGUAUCUGAUGCGUUGAGUAAUUCCAUGUCACACGAUACAGCAAUUUUUUCUGCGAACAUUUCAAACACUAAAGAAGAUUCAACUGUUGACAAUGGCCAACUAUCUUCCGUCUAUCAGUCAUAUUCUUCGACACCGACGCAACCGACGCAACUGUCACCGAAAGUCUCAACACUGAAUAGCAACUUAGUCAGAGAUUCCAGUUCUAAAGUUGGGCAAACAGGACAGCAGAUUCUGAGCACAUCGCAUACUGUUCCUUUCCUCUCUUCCACAAUCUUGGGAAACUGCAGUUCACAGGCGGAUCAAGGACAUCAUAUUACGUCUUUACAAACAGGCUUGAGAGGGUUAGAGUCGCAGACAUCACAGCGGUCACAUAUAGCAUGGAGGAAUUACAGCAAUGGAAUUACAUUACACACUUUACCCACCACGGCGUCUUUUGAACCACACCCUGCCAAUCAGGAAUCAUCAAUGAGAAUGAAGACCUUGGCAACCAAAAUGAACCAAGGACGUACAGAACCCGUUUCUACUGCGCAUGUCAGCCUGACUUCAGCCACGUUACCCACUUCAACCAACUGGAAGCUCUAUUACAAUAGGACACAAGAGUCGUCAAUUGUGAGAAGUCAUACUAGAAGGACUAUGGCACAGUCCACAUGGAGUACCCGUAGCAUAUCUGGCUAUCAUCACCACAACAGCUCUCAAAGGAGAUCUUUUUCAACCGCUGAAAGCACAAUGCAAUCGACGUGGAGGCCAAAUAUCGAUGGGGAAAGCGUUUAUCCCACUACCACGAGUUAUGUUAAACUGACUAGCUUUCAGUCAUCAGUCAUGUUGUUAACAAGUACAUGUAAUAGUGUUGAAGCAUCAAGUAUAAGGCGUAUUCAAACUCAAAAUAGCAUGUUGACCUUGACAACGCUUGGCCAGUUUUGUCAGCAAGCAGGUAACUAUUACAGGAAAAGACAGCAUUAGAUAUCAGAAUAAAAAUAGGUGAAGUUGAAGCUCGUUGGAUUUCACACAGGCCCUAGCUUAAGCUACGGUAAAUCGGGCAACUAAAACGAGCAAAUUGUUUUGCUCAAGUUCCGAAUAGUUAUUGCAAAAACUAGAACUAUCCUCCACUAACUGCAACAACUUUUCGCCACCUGGGAUCAAUUUAGGUUUCUGAGAAACUGCCCACCUACCCCUCCCCUGAGCUAACAUUAACACUUUCUUCUCACUUAGGGCAAAAUGAUGGCUUAGGGGAGGGGUAGGUGGGCAGUUUCCCGGAAACCUAAAUCCAUCCGCAACCUGCAAUAUCCUGAUUCUGCGUGAUUCGUUUCAAGGCAGGUUUGACUCGCGGGUGGUAAAAUGCGCAACAUUGCUUUUUAACUCGUUUUGCAGCAAUGUUGCAAAACCAGUUGCACGUCUUUGUUGCCCGAUUUACCACAGUUUUAUUCUUAUGCACCGUUGGCUACAAAGCAAGGUUUUCUGGAGGCACUGAUUUUCAAACACUAGUCUACGUUUAGGGUUGCACUUAUCAAACUGUUAAGUUAAAUAAGCAGAAUGAUCCUAGGUUAACGCCAUCUCUUUUGCUCCUAGGUUCCUCAUCUCCUCCGAUGGUACCUCCAACUCAAACUUCUCCGCUGCUGUUCACAAAAGAGACAAUCAUUUCACCUACGUGGCGCUAUACGAUAAAUAUUUCUGAUACGAUACUCAGCAACUUCAACGCCAUGCAUAGCUCAUCCCUUAACACUCCUCAAAAUAGAGCUACACUAUCUUCAGAUGUCACAAGAUCAAGCAAGCACAUAUUCACGCUAGCAACAAAGAGGGAAAUUUUGCAUUCGACCGAGCAAUCUUCAGAAGAUGUCGCAAGAUCAAGCGAUCACACAUUUUCGCUGUCAACAAUUUCGAAAAUUUCACUCUCGAAUGUUGCUUUUCCGUCGUCCGAUAGUCAAAAUACAGAAAUGGUGUACUCUUCACGAGCAUCCGCGACAAGUUUAAUAUCCGGAAGUCACGUGGGUGUUGCUAGUUCUCGUUCAGAAUCGUACCAGGUCAAUCCCGUGUUAUCCUGGGGAAAGAAGACUGUACAAACAAAAACAGAUCCUGGACAAAUAGAAACCAUUUCCAUCUCACAUACAAUAGCGACGGCAACCACAAGUGUGUGUUGUGAAGGAAGCAGCGUACACUGGCCAACUGCAAUGGAAUCCAGCAGGCACCAAGCAAACAGAGAAAGCAUUCAUGCCAUGGAAAUGUUACAAAUGGUAACAGCACAAGAAACAAGUUACUUUAAAGUGUCUUUUGAGCGGACCGCUGGAUCCGAGAUAGACGACACUGAAAUAACAACCAGCUCAUCCACACAAUCACCAAUAUCAACUUCUCAAGUCAGUACCACAUUGUCAAGGCUGUCCAUCACCAUAUCUCCAUCAAGAACAGGUUGGUUACAGAUUUGACCUUUUCAAUUUAAAGUUAAACUAACCACACCUAAAAACUGAGAAAAACGUAUUCUUGAUAACGCAGGUGAUUAAAUAACGUAGCGUUUAGGAGGUAGUCGAGACUCGACGAACUGGGACAGGCAUGGGUAGACCCAGUGGGGAUCGGGGCUGUUUAAUUGCUAAUUCCACCCUCCCUCUCUUCAUUACACUGGCUUCAACCAGAAAACGUUAGUCAUAAGUAUCUCUUUUUCUCCGUAAAGGCCACUGAAGGCUUUGAAACUUUACUCUAUUGUGUAAAGUGCUUGUAACUAAGUUCAUGUCUGAGAGGCAAAGGCAAUGCGUGUUGGUUCAAGUUUCAAUUUGAGCUACCAAAUGAAAAUUCCAUACGACUCAUUAGGGGUAAUUAUUCUAGUUUAAAGUGUUUAUUUACUGAAGGCUUCCAGUCUGCUGAAUGUUUUAUAAGAUCGGUUUUCCGGACCCCCACUACCGAAUGUCCCCCCCACCCGGUUGCGCUACUGUUUGUUACGCCAAAUACAUUUCUCGCUUCGUACUUCACAUACCCCUUCCUCAGCUCAGAUAUAAACUUGAACUCCCACCACUGAAAGUUCUGGAUCCGUCAAAGCAGGCAUGAAUGUCUCCAUCUGUAAAGUACGGAACAUACUAAACUUUGCGUUUAUUAAAGGCUUCCUUCACCUCCAAUUCAAAUGCUUGGAACUUAAAUGUAGGGUAAGCCUGUCUCCGAAAUAUCACAACCACCUAUGAGACGUUCUACUAGACAUGAUAGUCUUUCUGUUUCUUCAGCAGAAGUAUAGUUAUGGGUACAAGAACCAGUUGCAACUUCUCUACAAACCCCCGUGUACAAACCACUUUAGGUUUUUCAUUACAAACAGUUCAAGCCAAACUCCAUAAGAUAUAUACAUAUUUGUAAAAUCACUCUCCUUGUUGAAAAGGUUCGAUCGCACUAUCAUGGAAGUUUCCAAAUAGCUCAGAUACCACAGGCAAUAUUAUCUGCCAGAUACUCAUUUUAUUCUCUACGUUUUUCUUUUAGCCCCAAGCAGUCCAGCCGUUGAUUCGACCCCAUCCACCUUAACAUUUCCGUGGCACUUAAUUCCUUUCGUGGUAAUUUUAUUAGUAUUUUUUGUCGCUCUCGUUACCUACUGCUUACGCAUUCCUGACAUAACAGAAAAGAUUUUUCUCGCAUUAAAAGAAAGGAAAAAGCAAAUUACGCGGUCCAGACAAGAGAAAAGCUUCGACGUGAUGAAAGGAAAUGUCUUGAAAAAUUUUGAAGCUUCAACAUUCCAUUCCUAUCAAAGGGAGUUAUUUUACGACGCGACGUUAAACUAUGCUAUGUUUGAGGAGAGUACGACAAGAGCUAUCGAGUUUUCCAUUCACCUAGACGAAGAGGACCAAAGUGCACGGCCAGAAGAAGCUGUAGAAAUAUCUUGUGUAUUAGGAGAUGAACCUGCCAACGGAAAACAAGGGGGCGGCUCGCUAAGUGAGAUGUUUGAUAAGCAGUGA